CCCGCGCCGCUCGGACAGAAGGUGACAGGGAAGAUGGCGACGGCCUUUCUGACCCACCAGCAGAAAGUGCUGCGGCUCUACAAGAAGUCUCUGAGGCACCUGGAGUCCUGGUGCAUCUUCAGGGACAAGUACCGGUUCUACGCCUGCAUGAUGCGCUCUCGCUUCGAUGAGAACCGGAACGAGAAGGACCUGGUGAAGGCCACCAUGAUGCUGAAGGCGGGGGAGGAGGAGUUCUGGUCCAAUCAGCAUCCUCAGCCCUACAUCUUCCCCGACUCUCCUGGAGGAACCUCGUACGAGAGAUACGAGUGCUACAAGGUUCCGGAGUGGGUGCUGGACCACUGGCACCCGUCUGAGAAGGCCAUGUAUCCUGAUUACUUCUCCAAGAGGGAGCACUGGAAGCAACUGAGGCUGCAGAGCUGGGACAAAGAGGUUGCUCAGCUUGAGGCUGAGACUCCGGCUGGAGGCCCCGAGAACGAGGCCCUCCCCCCCGCCCGCACGGAGGGCGACCUCCCCCCUCUGUGGUGGCAGUUUGUCACCCGCCCCAGGGAGCGCCCCACAUAAACACCCUCCAUGUCCCGGGGACCGUCCCCCUCCAGUCUGAGGGGGACCGUCCCACCAGCAGCACGAAGACCGACGGGGGGGGGGGGGGGGGACGUCACCAGUCGCUUGUGAGAAGAGUCGACACAGAACCACCUGAUCCAACUCUUCUGUUGUCAGUUUGAGGAGGUUGUGACUUUGAGAAGUCCUGUACAUGAAUCACUUAUUACCUGUAACUGUUCCAAUAAAUGUGUAAAGAAACUUU